CAGCCUAUAAUCUUUCCUUCAGCUACCAAACUUUCCUCUUUACUGAUUUUUUAGUUGCUUGUCCAUAUCCUUGUUCCCCCUUUUUGCAUUUCUAUAUUUCUCGUGAAAGCUUUCCUUUCCCAUUUGCCCCCUCUUUCCUUUCUCGUGUGCUCGUGAUCUCUCUUUUUUGUAUUUAUACAUUUGUGCUUACAAAGUCUCCUACUUUUGUAUAGCUCCAUUGAAAUAGAGAGAGGAAAAUGGCCAUGGCUUUGCAGAGACAUUUUUCAGUGUUGCUUCUGCUCUUGGCUUGUUUGAUUGGAUCUUCGCACUCUUAUCAAUUCACAGUUGGUGGUAAAGAUGGUUGGGUUCCUAACCCUUCUCAAAGUUUCAAUGAAUGGUCUCAACAUAUGAGAUUCCAAGUUGGUGACACUGCUUUGUUCAAGUAUAAGCAAGGAUCAGACUCUGUGUUGGAGGUAAGCAAAGAUGACUAUGACAAAUGCAACACACAAAGUCCAAUCAAGAAGAUGGAAGAUGGCAACUCCAUUUUCAUGUUGGAUCACCCUGGUCCUUUCUACUUCAUUAGUGGCAACAAAGAUAAUUGCGAGAAAGGACAAAAGGUGCAAAUUGUUGUAAUAUCUCCUAGAGGUAAAACUCCUACUACCCCUGCUACACCCACAACUCCAGCUCCUUCCGGCGGUUCCGCCACCCCUCCGUCUCCUUCCGGCGGUUCUGCCACCCCUCCGUCUCCUUCCGGGGGUUCCGCCACCCCUCCAACUCCUUCUGGGGGUUCCACCACCCCUCCGGCGGCUGGUUCGCCUAAAGGAUCAUCUACACCUAGUACACCAUCACCUAUGGGGGCACCACCAUCUCCUUCUGCAGGUUCUACUACCCCACCACCCACAACUUCAGCACCUUCUGCCACCACUCCGGCAGGUGCUCCGGCUAAAGGAUCAACCACGCCCGGUACAUCAUCACCCAAUGGGGCACCGGUAGUAUCUCCGCCAGCAGGUAAAUCACCAACCUCAUCACCUACACCUGCCGGUUCAAACGUAUCUCCGUCAAUUCCAGCACCGGCGCCGGCAACAACUUCUAUGACUCCGACGGGAUCUCCGGCACCGGCAGGAGGAGCUUCUGAUUUAUCGCCUUCACCAUCAUCAAGCUCAUUAGCACCAGGUUCAUCUGCUCUUUCGCCGGGAAGUAUUGUACCAGCCGGAGGACCAACUUCAUCGUUAGCACCGGAAAGUAUUGCACCAGCCGGAGGACCAACUUCAUCAUUAGCACCGGGAAGUAUGGCUCCGGGAGGCGGCGCCGGCGGCACUCCGGCGGAUAUUAAUUCGCCAGCUGGUGCACCAUCCAACCCAAAUUCAUUAGCAGUAAAGGCAUUUACUCCAUCAGUUGUCCUUUUGUCAACCGUUUCUCUCAUCCUGACCAUGGCUUUUGGAGAAUUUAUUAUUUCACCUUAGGGUAAAUUAAGAAGUAGAAUUACUGCGAAAACUUCUUUCUCUAUCUUCUGGUUAUUUUUAUUUGGAUUUUCUUUGUGUCUCCUAUUGUUUUUAUUUCUUUAAUAAUUCAGAGAUUGGAGUGUUGGAUAUAAAAGAGAAGUGUUUAGUUGUUUUUUCUUUUUAAUUUUUUGUGGGUGACAAAGCAUUAAUUUAUAUAUGUGAGUCAUUUUUGUUGCUUGA